AUGCUGCCCCACAUGAUGCGGUCCUUUCGGCGCCUGGUCUGCGCCUUGGCCUCCUGCUGGCCAGUGCCCAUGAGACACAGAGGAGGCAGCCUGCUGCACACAGCCUCAGUGGCCUGCCCGGACAGGACUGCCCCGGUGUUCACCCGAGCCCUGGCCUUUGGGGACAGAGUUGCCCUCAUUGACCAGCACGGCCACCACACAUAUAAGGACCUUUACAACCGCGGCCUUCGCCUGUCUCAGGAGAUCUGCAGGCUCCGAGGGUGUGUCAGUGGGGACCUCGGGGAGGAGAGGAUUUCCUUUCUAUGCUCCAACGAUGUCUCCUACGUCAUUGCCCAGUGGGCCUCGUGGAUGAGUGGUGGCAUCGCAGUCCCCCUCUUCAGGAAACACCCUGAAGUCCAGCUGGAGUAUUUCAUCCGGGACUCCCAGAGCUCUGUGGUCAUUGCUGGCCAGGAGUAUGUGGAGCUCCUGAGUCCAGUUGUCAGGAAGCUGGGAGUCCCGCUUCUGCCUCUCACACCCGCUGUCUAUGAUGGGGCUACAGAAGAGGAGGAGGGGCCGGUGCAGGAGCUGCAGGAGCGGGAGUGGAGAGAUCGGGGUGCCAUGAUCAUCUACACGAGUGGGACCACAGGACAGCCCAAGGGCGUGCUAAGCACCCACCACAACAUCAGGGCCAUGGUGACCGGGCUGGUCCACAAGUGGGCGUGGACGAAAGACGAUGUGAUUCUCCAUGUCCUCCCACUGCACCAUGUACACGGCGUGGUCAACAAGCUUCUCUGCCCACUCUGGGUGGGAGCCACCUGUGUGAUGGCGCCCGAGUUCAGCGCUCAGCUGGUUUGGGAAAAGUUCUUAAGCUCUGAAACUCCACGGAUUAAUGUAUUUAUGGCAGUGCCUACAAUAUAUACCAAACUGAUCGAUUACUACGACAGACAUUUUACCCAGCCUCAUGUCCAGGAUUUCAUACGUGCAGUUUGUGAAGAAAAAAUCAGGCUCAUGGUCUCUGGCUCAUCGGCGCUGCCCCUACCCGUGCUGGAGAAGUGGAGGAGCAUCACAGGCCACACUCUGCUGGAGAGGUACGGCAUGACAGAGGUCGGCAUGGCCCUGUCCAGCCCCCUGGCCACGGCGCGCCUGCCAGGUUCUGUGGGGACCCCGCUGCCGGGAGUGCAGGUGCGCAUUGUCUCAGAAAACCCACAGAAAGAGGGCCGCCCCUACGCCAUCCACGCUGAGGGAGAUGAGAGGGAGACCAAGGUGACCCCAGGGUUCGAAGAGAAGGAGGGGGAGCUGCUGGUCAGGGGAUCCUCCGUGUUUCGAGAAUAUUGGGAUAAACCAGAAGAAACUAAAAAUGCUUUCACCUCGGAUGGCUGGUUUAAAACAGGGGACACUGCCGUAUUUAAGGAUGGUGGGUACUGGAUCCGUGGCCGGACGUCAUUGGACAUCAUUAAGAGUGGAGGCUACAAAGUCAGUGCCCUGGAGGUGGAACGGCACCUGCUGGCCCACCCCAGCAUUGCGGAUGUGGCUGUGAUUGGAGUUCCAGAUAUGACCUGGGGCCAGCGGGUCACUGCAGUGGUGACCCUUCGAGAAGGACUCUCACUAACCCACAGGGAGCUCAAAGAGUGGGCCAGAGGCGUGCUGGCCCCGUACGCUGUGCCCUCAGAGCUCCUGCUGGUGGAGGAGAUCCCGCGGAACCAGAUGGGCAAGGUCAACAAGAAGGACCUUCUCAGGCAGUUCUACCCCCUGUGACCAAGGGCGCCAUCAGCCAUCCAGCUCUCGAGAACGUCCCCUUCACACCGAGCACCUGCAGGGGCCCUGCACCCUUUAAACUAGAACCCCCGAAACAGGUUAGACAGAAUCAAGAAGCGGCGGUUUGGGACGAAGUCACUGUGGGAAGCCCCCAGGCCCCAGGCUGCUUGCUGAAGCUCCAGGUGGCCCCAGUCACUCCCCAGUCCCCUCUGCCCAGUCCUCGUGCCACUAGCAUUUACUGACCUCACAGGUGGCACAGCAAGGACGUGGCCAAGGCACCUCUUGUUCCCCAGGUGCCCUGAGGCUGCCAGGCUCUCUCCAGGGCAGGUCCCAGGAGGGUACCAGAGGUGUCAUCCAAGAAAAGAACAGAAAUAAAGACCAUGCAGGAGAAAGCAA